AUGCCUAUUCCAAUCGUAGGGUCAUCAGUUUACCAUUUCGAAAAUAAUUCCUUAACUCAAUUACCAAACUUUUCAUCUGAGGGAUUAGAUAAUGUCCUUCAAUUGCAUCUAGCAAAUAAUAAACUAACUAGCUUGAGUGUAGAACAAUUGCCUCAAAAUCUUACUUGGCUUGAUAUAAGAAAUAAUAGUUUAAAUUCUAUAGAUUCCAAGGUAGUUGAAUUUUUAAAGAAUCGAGAGAUUAAUAUCUUACAAACUGGCAUUAAGUGGAGGCCCAGCUGUGAGAAUAAAGACCUUAUAAGUUACCUUUCGAAUCUCAAAAAGUAUGUGAAAAUAGAAUUUUGGCACGAUUCCAUAGACAAUCCUGUCUUCUAUGAACGUUUGAAUGGUCCCUGCCCAACGGAUUGUACUUGUUGUUUUGAGGACAAUCAACUCUUAGUAAACUGCACGGGAACAGGUUAUUAUACUGUUCCUAAAUUGUCCAAUCUCAUAAUUGGAGAUUCAUCACUUCUAUUGGAGGAUAAUCGUAUUCUAUCUCUUUCAACAACUGGCUUCCUGCGGAAUUCCACUAUUAAGGAACUAAACGUGAAGAAUAACUAUAUUAACGAAAUUCAUCUAGAUGAACUGCCUGUAAAUCUUACACUUUUGGAUAUUCGAGAAAAUCAUCUAAAAGCACUUGACGACGAUGUUACCGACUUUAUAGCACAUCUACCGCAAAUUCGACUGUCUGACAACCCUUGGCAAUGCAAUUGCAAGUACUUAAAGUUCCUUAACUAUCUAAGGAAAACAAAUCCCAUUGAAUAUAAAGCUGCUCUUAAGAAUUGCAAUGUACAAGAAGAUUGCCCCGAUCAUUGCACUUGCUGUAAGAACGAUUCGGAUCGAAAGACUUCUAUCAAAUGCAAUUAA